AACAAAUCUGGAGUUGCCGCUCUGUUGUAAUAGUUUGCUUGGGUAAAAUGUUAUCGAAAGUUGUUGCCUUGAAAUGGCAGCUCAGACCGUAUAUCGUUUUGCGAUGUUCAUAGCCGGCUCCCUGUAGAGAAAGUUUCCAUUGCAUUCUGGCAGGCAAGCUGUGCCCCACAGCCCUGAGCCCUCUGCCAUCUGUUCUUGUAAAGCUGACAUUGCCAGAGAUGCAAAAACAUAACAUUUAUUCAGUCAGUCAGCUUGUGGCUGUUUGGAGCUAAAGGAAGUGAAUAACCAAUGGUGUUUGGGAAAAAUUAUUCAGAAAAAAAACACGAACCAAGCUGCAGUGUUGAAUCUGAAUCUUCUUUUUGAAAAGCUUCACAUGUUUAAGGAGUGGCUUGGAGAAACUCACCUGAGAGGACUGGAAGUCCUCCAGAGAGGGAGGAGAACAUGAGAACAGCAGGACAGGCAGAGACCACAAUGUCUAAGAGAGUGUCAUCAAGUCGACAGAAUCCAUUUUUCCUUCAUCUCUGGUCAGAAAAUGAACAUGUCAGCAAGGGUAGUGUUUGGAAAGGGGCGCCUCGCUCCAAAGCAGCUCUCCUUCGCUUUCCCUCAGUCAGAUUCCCUGAGGAAAGGCAGCCGGUCUGCAGGUGGAAAGAGGAGGAUUUUCUCUUUUUCUCUCAGAUGUCGACUGGGCAUCAUCAGAGGAAGAACCAAAGAUGAAGGACCAUACUCAAAGGGAAGCAAGGAGUCCGGGACAACUGACCAAUCACAUUUGUCCCAGAGGCGCAGCUUCUCAGAGGAGUACCGAGGAGUGACCACAGUGGAGCUGAUGAAAAGGGAAGGCAGCAGCCUUGGCCUCACCAUCUCCGGAGGGUCCGAUAAGGAUGGCAAGCCCAGAGUGUCAAACCUACGGCCAGGUGGGCUAGCUGCCAGGAGCGACCAGCUGAAUGUAGGAGACUACAUCAAGUCAGUGAAUGGCAUCAACCUGUCAAAGCUUCGCCACGAUGAGAUUAUCAGCCUGCUGAAGAACAUCGGGGAGCGAGUGGUGCUGGAGGUGGAGUAUGAGCUGCCCCUGUUCGUCCACAACCCCUCAGGAGUCAUGACAAAAACCAUAGAGGUGUGUUUACACAAGGAAGGAAACAGUUUUGGGUUUGUCAUGAGAGGAGGCUUUCACGAGGACUGGCGGAGGUCCCGUCCCCUGGUGGUUACAUAUGUGAGACCCGGAGGACCUGCUGACAGAGAGGGCACUUUGAAGGCCGGAGACCGUGUAUUGAGCAUAGACGGGAUGCCUUUAAACAGAGAGAAGCACGCUGACGCUUUGACUAUGCUGAUGCAGAGUGGCCAGGAAGCCCUGUUCCUGAUUGAGUAUGACAUCUCUGUCAUGGAGGCGGUGCAGCAGGCCUCAGGCCCUCUUCUGGUGGAGAUAGUGAAAAGUCUGUCUGCCAGCCUGGGGAUCAGCCUCGCCACAACAAUAUACAGGAGUAAACAAGUUAUUAUUAUUGACAAGAUAAAAGCGGCCAGCGUGGUGGAAAGGUGUGGAGCGCUGCAUGUCGGCGACAUCCUUCUGUCUAUAGACGGGACCAGCACGGAGCAUUGCUCGCUGAUGGAGGCCACUCAGCUGCUGGCCAGCACUUCUGAUGUCGUAAAACUGGAGAUUCUCCCAUCCAGUCAGAGUGGACUUCCUGUCAGGCCGCAAGACACCGUUAAAGUGCAGAAGAGCAACCAUCAUCACUGGGACCAAAGCAGCAACUACUGCCAUCCCACACAUGCCAGCCACGGCAAGACAUGGAGCAGCCCAAGCCACCCACACAACCAGCAGGACCACUGCAAAUCUCUGGUGAGUGGUGGCUUCUCCCCUUCCUCCACAGCCACCUCAGGCUUCAGCAGCCAGGGAAGCAAUACGCUGCCCUGCCCCAUCCCUCCUAUUGCUCCCACCAGCCCCCGCAGCUCAACUGGCAAGAGGAGGAACAGGAAGAAGGACCACAAGAGCUCACUAUCUCUGACAUCCAGUUCUGUGGGCCCAGGGGGGCAGGUUUUUCAUGUGGAAACGAGCGAGGUCAUCCUGAGGGGGGAUCCACUCACAGGUUUUGGGAUCCAGCUGCAGGGGGGUGUCUUUGCCACAGAAACCCUGUCCGCUCCCCCAGUCAUCCGCUUUAUUGAGCCCGACAGCCCGGCUGAGAGGUGUGGGCUGCUGCAGGUUGGGGACAGACUCUUGUCUAUUAAUGGGAUCCCGACUGAGGACGGCACUUUGGAGGAAGCCCAUCAGCUGCUCCGAGACUCCGCUCUGGCCAAUAAGGUCACAGUUGAGAUUGAGUUUGACGUUGCAGAGUCAGUCGUUCCCAGCAGCGGCACUUUCCACGUUAAACUACCCAAGAGGAGAGGAGUGGAGCUGGGCAUCACCAUCAGUGCAAGUAAGAAACCCGGCAAGCCCCUCAUCAUCUCUGACAUCAGGAAGGGAAGCAUAGCACACAGAACAGGCACUCUGGAGCCUGGAGACAGGCUGCUGGCCAUCGACAGUGUCCGCCUGGAGAACUGCACCAUGGAGGACGCCAUGCACGUCCUGCAGCAGGCCGAGGACAUGGUCAAACUCCGAAUCCAGAAAGAUGAAGACAACAUUGAUGAGUUGGAGAUGUCAGGCUCUAUAAUCUACACAGUUGAGCUGAAGAGAUAUAACGGACCACUGGGCAUCACAAUUUCUGGCACAGAGGAGCCUUUUGACCCCAUUGUCAUUUCUGGCCUCACCAAGAAAGGCCUGGCAGAGAGGACCGGGGCCAUCCAUAUAGGGGACCGAGUCCUGGCCAUCAAUGGGGUCAGUCUGAAAGGAAAGCCACUGAGCGAGGCGAUCCAUCUCCUGCAGAUGGCAGGGGAGUCCGUCACCCUCAAGAUCAAGAAACAAGCCGACCAGUCUGAUGGGCGACGAGCUCCAGAGAGAGAGGCCGGGUUUUUAAGCGAUGCAGAGGAUGAUCUGACUGACUUCCAGAAGACCAGUAAACUCUCUGAGGUCUACUCUGCCACUGUGCCCAGUUUAGACUCUGCAAUGAGCUCCUGGGACAGCUCAGGGUUUGAUGCAGGCUACUGUAGCCAGGGGACAUAUCUCCAUAAAGCAUCCGAUAUAUUGCUCAAUCCAAAUGACUGGCACCGUACAAAGCAUAGGAGCCAAACCAGUUCCAGCUCUACGGGUCUAGUCCACCACUCAGCACUGUAUGAUGGGAGAUUCACUGAAGAUGAGUGGGACAAGAUACCCGGAUUCAUCAGCCCCCCUCGUUGCAAUGGCACCCUGAACCAGGAAGACAGCUUCUGGUCCCAAGCUCUGCAGGACCUCGAGACCUGCGGCCAGUCGGAGAUUCUCAGGGAGCUGGAGGCAUCCAUGACAGGUAGUGCUCUUAGCCUGUACCUAGAGGAGACCAAGACCAACGAGGACUCAAUGUUUCAGUCUGAAAUUAGUCCUGUUAAGAGAGAGGGAAUCCACAGCGAGUCUAAGAACAAAAGCAACCUGAACAUUUCGACUGGAUCCAGAGCCGCACCAUCCCAAGGAAAAGGGGACGCCUCCGAUAUUUUGUCCCCUUCCUCCCUGGCACUCAACAAGGUGACUUUAAGGAAGGACCCUGAGAGCUGUGACUUUGGUUUCAGUGUAUCUGAUGGGCUCCUGGAAAAAGGAGUUUAUGUCAACAUGAUCCGUCCAGACGGACCCGCUGACCAGGCGGGGUUGAAACCUUUCGACCGCAUUCUUCAGGUGAACCGUGUCAGGACCAGGGAUCUGGACUGUUGUCUGACUGUGCCCCUAAUUAUAGAGGCAGGAGAUGUUCUGGACUUGGUCAUUAGCAGGAAUCCGCUGGCAGCAGCGGACACUGGGCUGCCAGACGACUGUGACAACCCCUCAAAGUCACUGUUCUGUUUUCCGGAGCGCAGGACCAACAGCAUCGCCCUGUGACCAUUAGGAUAGACGCUAGCUUUUGAAAAACUGUCACGCUGGGACCUCACACACUUUACACCACGCACAGUCGAGUUUGUCACAUUGUACCUUUCAGACAAACCUUCACACUCAUGUUCAGCAUGCAGAGCAUCCAGAAACAGACACACUCACAGCCUCUCAGCAUCUCUCACUCACAAAGUGCAUGUGUUCACCAUUUCUGGUUUGAGUCACUGUGUUCACAUGAUGCAGUUCAGAGGAGGCUCUGCCCUCCCCACCCCCCCGACUGCUUCGAUCUCCAGAGGCAAAGCCACAUGCUGGGUUAUAUAACAGGGGACUUGCAGCUUCUUACCGAGCCAGGAUGUCAACACAUGCCUCAGCUCUGGAGUGAGUCAAAUGCUGCACUCACACACUGCAUAUAUUUACUAUCUUUUGCAUUGAUGAGUUUCUCAUUCCCACUGAAGGAACAUUUACCCAGUUGUACCUUUCUUUUUGUUGUACACAAUGGCACAGAAAAUAUGCACGUGCGAUGCUUUACAUGCAUAUGAAAUUCAUGCACACGCACACUGAUACACAAGGUGUUAAUGAACUCAAGGUUCAAGUCACAUUGUGCAUAUUUGAGUUAUUUCAGCCACAACUUGGCUCACAGCCCUUGUUUCCAGCCUCCCCUCCACACUGCUUGCCCUAAACAGGGGACAGUGACCAGACAUAAAUAAAUAGACAUAAACGCUUGUGAAGACACUCCAACCUUUCUGUUUUACAGUCCCACGGUGGAUAAAUAAUUUCUAAAUGGUUCCAGAGAGACUCCAACGUUAAGAGACAUUGUUGCAUUUUAAAUUUAUUUUCUGUUCAGGUCUUGAUGAUUCAGCCACCUGUUUGCAAAGAUGUCAGAUGUCAGGUUCACAUUUUGCACACGUCUUCAACGCUGCAUUUGCGUGUAACACACAUUUCUCUGAAAUCUCCCCUUCACUUCUUCACGUUUCACUGUCACUAUGUGAAUCCUCAUCUCUGUAUGUGGAAUUGCGCCAGAAUGACUUAUGGGCCGGUUUGUGGUCCAUUGUUGAUAAAUCACCUUCUUUCCCAAAACGAAGGAUGAAAUGCCUUUCACUUUUCAGUGCUGAAUGAUUUUGCUUUCACUUUUACUUUGGACUGAACAGAUUUAUCAGUUCUCUUCCACUCUACUGUAGCUGUUUUUCCUAUCAGUAUUUCUAAGCAUGUUAAGCAUGCAUAGGGUUUGUUCUCAGCAAGUAGCUCUUCCUUAACCAAACACUGAGCAUGGGGGUAAGCUCUCUCGGCUCUGACAGAAUAUUUGUGAGAAUGCUUACUUUUUUUUUUAUUUUAAAUCGUCUGGCCUGCUGAUACAACUGCCUCUGUGGAAAUGAGAAACAUGUUUAGUUUCAUGUAUGUCAGGCUGAUGUGAAGAUGUGAAAUAGUUGCACUGUCCCAUUUAGAGCAGCCUUAGAGACUGAUUAAUCCUUGGGACGGUGACUUUUUUUUCAGUCCAUUUCAGAUUUGUGUCUUAUAUUAAAUGUCAUGUUGUAUAGAGAGGCCUAUUUUUAAGGUUUUAUAUUAAUUUACUGUAUUGUAUCUUUAUUUUGCUGUAUAAUGUGUCAUUGUAUGCAGUGCUUUAUUUUUAUUUGCAGUACAUGCACAUACAGUAUAGUAUUUUCAUGUAAGCUGUGAUACUGAAUGUGGCUGCUGAUUUAAUUCUUUUUUGUUUUAUUCCCACAACUUCCCUGAUUAUGUCAGGAAUCCUUUCAAAGGAACUUGAAAGAUUUAGUGGAUGUCAUUUUAUUUUUGUUAUUUAAUUUAUUAUAAAUUAAGAAAUGUAUUUCUUUUUAUGAGAAUAAAUUUAUGAAACCAU